CGUAAAGCAGCUUGAUGCUGACAUUUUGAAUCAAGUGCCGCUAAAGCUAAAACUAGUUAGCUUUUUGUUUUAAUUAUACGUUCUAAUCUAGGCGUUUAUUUAUAAAGGACUGCCGAGUGAUGGUUGUUCUUUAGAAGCAAAACCUAACAAAAACGAGUGCACCAUGAGCAAAGAUAACCAGUCAACGGCAACAAUGAACGCAGAGUUCAACGGUUUUGUUCGGGAUAUGAAACCAUAUAUCAUCAAACACCCCAACGAGAGUGAGCGCCAGCAUUGUGCUUUAUGGAUAAAGAAGUUGAGUGACCCAGCAACAUGUGGAUCAAGCCUUAAUGGCCACAACGACCGCAAUCUGUACGCUCGUUUGCUUCUUCACAUGCUCAGAAGGGGCGUCCUGGAAGGUCCAUUUGCCAGCAAACCAGAACCUGGUAACCUCAGGGCCCUUCCUACUUACAUGUCCAUUUAUUUUGACGAACCUAUCCACGGUCGACCUGUGGACCACUGCAAAGCAACUCUUCCUGACUGGGUGACAGGAGAGCUGGUUGGCUGCACUAAUGACAGUUUGGCUGCUGGCCUCCCGAAGAACACUUCUACACCUCACACAGCUUAUAUCAGUAGCCAGCUGAGUAAGGAGAAGAGCCCACGAAGAGGAGCCACCGCCUCCAGCCCCCUCAAGCACUCACCCAGACAUGAAGCCAGAGCGGGUGAUGGAGGGCGUAUGUCUCCCGAUGACAGUGACUUGGAGGCUCGACUCAACAGCUGGAACCUGCGGGUUGAAAACCCCAGGUACUUGCGGGAAAAGGUCCUUCCCUUGUCUCCGAUUUGCAAGCCCAGCUUUGUAAGGAGCAGCACGACGGACGAAGUGGAUUUGCAGCUUUUGCAAAGCAAGGAGGUAGACAUGAGGGUCAAAAUAUUGGAGUCCAAGCACCUGGAGGAGAAACUAAAAAUGCAGCAGAGACACGAUGCAGCUGUUGACAAAAUUCUGGACCGAAAGAAUGUGGAGAUUGAAGAGUUGACAACUCUAUUUCGGACUCAGCAGAAGGAAUCCGAGGAGAUGAUCCACAAACUGGAGAGGAAAGUUCAAAGUAUGCUGAAGGAAUCCAAGGUUAUCUGCGAGAGCAAAGACACGCAGAUUGCUGAGCUGAAGAAGAUGACCGACCAGAGUGCCGAUUCUUUGAAAAAUGAGUUUGAGAGGAAGCUGCAUGCAGUCGUGGCAGACAUGGAGCAGGAGAAGUUCGAACUGCAAAAGAAGCAUUCGGACAAUAUCCAAGAGCUGCUGGAGAACACCAAGAUAAGGCUGGCAAAGAUGGAGUCAGAGUAUAACGCUCGCUCACAAUCCACUAUGCAAAUUGUGUGUGAGCUGGAGCAGCAAGCCAAGCAGCAGUCUGUGGAAGUCGAGAAAAGCAACGCCUUGUGUCAGAAAGCGACACAGGAGAAGGCCCAGCUGGAGAUCCACCUUGCAUCCAUCAAUGUCGAACUGCAGGAGGCUAACAGAAGGUUUAUGGUCCUGCAGAAAGACAAAGAUGAACAGAGCGUGCUGUUUGAGCAGACCUUACAGAAGUUCCAGGCCAAACACGAAGCCGACGUGAACCAUUUGCACAAGGAGCACACGCUGUCUGUGGCCAAGGCGUCUGAAGUAAUGGAGGACUUUGAGAAAACUAUUUCUGAGCUCAAACAGCAGCUCGUGGUCAGUGAACAUCAGAGACAGACACAAGCUCGGGAUCAGGAUUUGAAGUUCCAGCAGGAAAAAGAUGAACUGCAGAUCAGCUACAACGCAAAGGUUCUAGCGCUGCAUAGCGAGGUGGACAAAGAGAGAACAGAGGACAGGAGGAAGACGGCCAAACUCGAGGAUGUGCUCAGAGACCUGGAAAAGCAGCUGGACAGAACCCGGGAGAGCCACCGGGUGCAGCUCCAACAGGCCCACGUUGCACUGGAGCAGUUCAGGAGGCAGGUGAAGCUCAGCUCCGAGAAGGCCGAGACCGAGAUGAAGCUCCAGAUGGAGAAAGUUGAAGAGGACCUCCAGCGCUCCAGGUGCCUCCGUGAAAACCAAACAAAGGAGUUCUCGCAGCAACUCGAUGCCGUCAGAGAAAAAUUUGAGCAGCAGAUGGCUGAGCAGCGCGCCAAGCACGAGCAGGAGAGGACGCGCCUUCAACAGCAGCAUUGCGCCGAAAAGGACCGCCUGGUCCAGGAGCGCCAGCGGGAGGCGGGCAGCCUGGAGAGCCAGGCCAGGGCCGCCCUGGAGCAGCACCACAAACACACCCAGGAGUGGAGGAAGCGUGAUGGCCAGACUAUUUCCAACCUGGAGGCCCAGCUGGCACGCUCGCGGGAGGAACUCCACCUGGCCCGCGUCCAACAUAAGCAACAACUGGCGGAGACGGCGGCCCUCCGAGAGGAGGAGAAGCAGAAGGCUCACCUGGACAAGGAGGCGUCCCUGAAGCGAUUGUGCUCCGACAUGGAGGGCGUCCGCAGCGACCUUGAGAGAAGCCACCAGCAGGAGAAGGAAGCUGCUGAAGAAAAGACCAGCAGCAAAUUGAAGCACAUGGAGAAGGAGUACAGUCACAAGCUGGCCAGAUCUGCACAGGUGAUGGUGGAGCUCCAGCAGUCGGUGUGCAGCUCAAAUGAGGAAGCAGUGAGUCUGCAGCAGACCUUAAAGAGACAACUGGAGGAGGCCCGACAAGGAUGGCUGCAGGAGAGGAGAACUCUAACCCAGCAGGCCCACCAGGCCAACAAGGCUGUGCAGGAGAAGGUGGAAAGCCUACAGAGGAGGCUCCACAGCACAGAGAAGAUGCUGCUCAGCAAAGAGUUGGAGACUGAAGAGAAGGUCACCAUGGUGUGUCAGAAGUACGAGAACAAGAUGAAAGGUCUGAUCCCGGCUGAGUUAAGACAGGAACUGGAGGACACCAUCACGUCUCUCAAAUAUCAGGUGGAUUUCCUUCAGAGGAGAGCCUCGGUCCUGCAGGAAGACCUGGACGCAUGUCGCAGGAAGAGGUAGCGCCGAGUGGGGACGUCCAUCCGGCAGGAAGACAUCCAAUCAGAUGUGAGCGUCUCCCAUACCAGACAUGUUGGCUUUUUCUUCAUUAUACCUGGUCAGGUUACACGCUAUCUAAGACAUACUUGCCAACCCUCCCGAAUUUCAGGGCCUCUCCCAAAAAUCUCCCGGGACAACCAUUCUCCCGAUUUCCAGCAGGACUUAAGGCACGCCCCCUCCAGGUCCGUGAGGACAGCCUCUCGUCACGUCCGCUUGGCCAACCAAAAAGUAACCACAG